UGAACAGCUACAGCAAAAUUUAAUAAAAAAGAAGGAAUUUCCAACUCAAUUAAAAAUGAAAGCGCUCCUAAGAUCUGGUACUGCAAUCUUCCUGCUUGCAGUAUGUGUCUUCCAGCCCCUUGAAGCGCUGCGUGGCCAUGAAGAUCUAUGCCGUCUCUUCAAGACUGGAACCGUGAUACGUAAGCCAGGAACUUGUAACGAGUAUAUUGAGUGCAUCAAUGAUCAGGGUACGCCGCGUAAGUGUGAAACUGACUUGGUAUUCGAUCCCAGCUCGAAGAAGUGCGUGAAAGCAACGGCCACCAAUAGUGUUCACUGUGGCAAUCUCUGCGAUGGAUUGGAUAAAAUAUUUGUUGCUGAUCCGACAGACUGCCAGAAUUACUUUUACUGUGAAAAAGGCAACUCCUUGAAGGGCCAUUGCGAUGGAUCACAGCACUUUGAUGAAGCCACUCAGAGGUGUCAGUACGGAGUCGAUUCUCUCUGCGUGGACGUUGGAAACAUUUGCGAAAUAUUGCCGGACAAAACAAAGUUUAAGCAGGAAACGGACUGCAACGAAUACUAUGAGUGCAAGAGUGGCAAACAUUCUCUGAAAUCAUGCUCGAGUUCCCAAUACUUUAACGUCGAGACCGGCAGUUGCAUGGCUAAGAAUAAAGUUCCGUGCGAUGCUCAUUCUAAAAAGAAUGUUUGCACGAAAACAACCGGAUUGGUUUCUAGCCCCAUAACUGGCUAUGUGUCUGACGGUGCCACUUGCCGUGGAUACUUCCACUGCGCCAACAAGGGCAGCGUGGCUGACAUUGAUCCCGUAUGGAAUCAGUGUCCAGCGGGACUAUUUUACGACCAGGUCAAAAAGCAGUGUGCCCAACCGACUUCGGUGGUGUGCACACAUAACCGCUGCGAUGGACGCGGAACCAUGCUCGUGACCAGCAGCAGCAACAACUGCCACAACUACAUCAGAUGUGAAAACGGAAUUGAAAUGGGAGAGUCGACGUGCCACUGGGAUCACUUCUUCGAUGAGGCCACCCAGGGAUGCGUAAGCCAUAUGAUAUACGAUGGCUGCUGUGAUGGCCGUGAUUAAAGAUUUUCCUUAUCUUUUCUGACCACACAGCAAAUAUUUAAUGGAGCAAGUUGUGCACAGCUGAUUGCCAUAAUCAAAACUAAAUAAAAUCUAAUCAGAAUCUUUUUCAGGAAUACCCUAAAUAUAUAUAAAUUUAAUUUUGUCGUUUAAAUAUAAUAAAAAUAUCCGAUGUGUCAAAUAUUAAUUCAGUAAUAAAAUGAUUAAAACGUUGCCUUUUGCUGAAAUGUCACCAAAGUAAGCUCUAAA